AGGAAGGUGUGUCUGUUCUGCAAACUGAUGCAUUUGCCUGGAGGGGACUCGUAAACACGGCGCGCCAUUCCUCAUGGGUGACUGUACCAUGUGACUCUAGGAGAAGGUGCUUUAAAAAGCAGUCGUACCUGUUGGGAGAAAGCAGAGGAAAUCAUACAGUGGCACCAGCCAAAAGAGGCUCUGGACUGCACGGCAAAGCUGAGACCGCGGUACUGAACUUCACGGGGAACUGUAGAACCGAGGCGCAUCUAGCAGCAAUGACGAGUCGCAGCAGCUUCACUCUUCACUCUGGCUCGGAGUUCUCCGAGGAGGAGUUGGAGCUGAGUCCGGAGGCUCAGAUGGACGAUGACACCCUCGACAGCAGCAGGAAAGGUUCCUACACCGAUAGCGCAAGUCCCAGCAGCACCCUGAGCGAGGCCGAGGAGGGUCGGCCGAAGAAACGCAGCAGGCCGGUGCGCUCCACGGCCCGUAGGAUGGCAGCCAACGUGAGGGAGAGGAAGCGAAUUCUGGAUUACAACCAGGCCUUCAACGCACUGCGUGUGGCACUCCAUCACGACCUGAGUGGCAAACGGCUUUCCAAGAUAGCCACGUUGCAGCGUGCCAUCAACCGCAUCUCAGCGCUUUCUGUGUUUCUUAGGAACAAUCCACCCAACGGAGCCAGCAAACCCUGCACACACCGGGAAUGCUACGGACAACCCGGACAGGUGUCCCCGACCGAUGUAGAGCCCCAGGGGUUCAUGUCCUGGGAACAACCACUGGCGCUCCAGAUGCAGAAGCACAGACUGCCUUCAGAGCAGCAAGUUUACAUGGACCAUUUCAGACACGCGGGUUCUACCUGUCCGCUAUUGCCACACUAUUCCUGCUACUCGCCCGAUGUCCAGCUUUAUGCGAACGGUGGAUCCUGCGGCAGUCCUGCCAGUGACGAUGCCAGUCCUCCUCGGUACGGGCGACAGGGUGACUGGUUGGGCCACCAGGCUGGGGUUUGGGGAUCCUGUUCUCAGCGCUACGCGGAUGGGCACAGUGAGGCAACUCAGACUCUACCUUUCUCUUGGCACAUGGGCUAUCUCCAGGAGACGGGUCCUCAACACUGCUAUCCGAUGCUAUGACACGUCUUCUGAGGGAGCUGUAAUACAAUGUGAUGAGGACGCUGUGUAGGUGCAAUCUCGACAUCAUAACCUGAUCUGAGGCGCCGACACUGGACAAUCGACCUGUACGAUGAAUAAAUAUUUCAGACGUAAUGAGACUGGAGUUUAAAGUCAUUGCAUUAACGAACGGACAUGCGAAUUACGACCCAGUACGUCACACUGCCGGGCUUACAAUCUAAAACCUCAGAAACGCACAGUGGAUGUAGAGGUAAAUAAAAGUGUCGUGAGAUGUACCUAUGCCGGAAAUGCUCGGGAAACACCGACUGCAUGAACGGGAAGAUACUCGUUGUUGUAAAUAUAUCGAUCCUUGCUUUCUAAUAAAAAUCAUACAGAAUAACAAAGUGGACCAAGUUCAUUCUUUGGUGUGAUCCUUAUGAUUAUAAAAGCUUUGAGUUUUAUAGCGACAGGAAGGGAAACGCGUAGGAAUCUGCUCAAAAACGCACAGUGGAUGUAGAGGUAAAUAAAAGUGUCGUGAAUUGUACCUAUGCUAGUAAUGCUCAGGAGUCACUGAUUGUAUGAAUAGGCAGAUACUCUGUUAACUAAUUUCUCAGUGGACAAGAUAGUCUCUAUGACUAUUAAAUUGCAAUUUUAUUAUAAUAUUAUAUGCAUUAUGUAUAUGUGUGUAUGUAUGUAUGUAUGUAUGUAUGUAUCCCAUGGACAUAGAGAU